GGCAGAAGAUGUAAGGAAAUUUGGGUUGCUAGAAAAUUUUAGUAAUUUUUGUUGCGAAAACUUUUUGCAGUCUUUGAAAAAACUUGUAAGAAAACCCGCAAAACCUCUGCAGCAAAUUGUCAAUCGGUAUUACGAACUAAACACAAAUAAAUGCCAUACAGAUGCUUUUCAUUCUAAUAUAUCAUGCGUACCUCGUUAUGAGAGUUUUUUCGACAAAAAAACAAUACGGUUUAAGGAUUACAAACUUUCAUGUGAUAUUAAAGAUAGUUGCUGUGCUCUGAAAGAUGGGACCAUAAUAGAAAUUAAGAACUUUGAUUUUGUGUCUAUCAACGAUCAACCGGCAAUAAUAGGGCAGAAAUAUAGGGAGAAAACAGAUCUGUUUAAAAUUCCUUGCAAUUCGUCAGAGUUAGGAAUUUAUUUAGUCGGGGAUCUGGGAGAUACUGCUACUUGGCUUAUGUCGGAUAUUAAUGUAAAGCUUGUUAGACUUCCGUAUUGUGACAAGGGAUUUGCAGUAUUUCCAAUGAUUCACUGCAAAGACUAAAUACUAAACGUGUCAAAAUUUACACGUCAAUAUGCCGUGGGUGGUUGUAAAAUUUAUUGAUACCAAUGAGGUUGAAGCUGUUCCCACCUGCUGGCUUGUAGGCGAAAAGAAGGAUGUGGUGGUGUGGCCUCAAAAUUUUUCAAAAAUUCAGAUGCAACAAGCUUUAAAGAAAGAAAUUUGCCCUGAGGAACACUGGGAAGAAUACAACGUGAAGAAACUGGGCCCACGAGAGUAUGAUACUUUUGCAACCGCUUGUGCGAAAGCCACCAAGGGAUGCGUAACUUCCGAAGUGGAAAGUGUACUUCCAGAGAAGAGAAUUCGGACAAAAAAAACUUACUCAUCUUCAGAAAAUGAAAUAUCAUCAGAGGACCUAAGUCCUCCAGUAGCAUUCCAAACAGGGUCCAAAUCUUAUAAACAAGUCGAGAAGAAUGCAAAGGCAAGAAAAGCACUGCAGCCUUUCAAAAAGACCCAAGCCAAGUGUGUGAACAGUCCAGAAAAUUUGGGUUAUGAUGAUGUGGAAACUGCAACAGAACCUGAAGUUAUGCGUUCUAAUGCAGGUUUAGCCGCAUUGGAAGUUUUUACGGCUGCAGCACCUGAAGAGUUCCAAAAAAAAUGCCUCCAAUUGUUAGUAAAAAAUAAAAAACUUAUUACCGAUUGUGAUGAGAACGUAAGUGAACUAAGUCGAAAGGUCGAUGAACUGAAGGAAAUGUUGAGUGUUCUAAUGGGUAAUCGUGAACAAGAUACGGCAAGUGAUAAAACACUCACUGAUAUUUUCAUCAACGAAUUUCCUGUAAAAAGUUUUGAAGAGCUUGAAGCAAUUGAAAAAAAAUUACAAAGAGAUGAUGUAGCUAAUUAUAUUACUGACAGCCUCUAUAGAAUCGGUGGGCGAGACUACAAAGACUGCAUUCGACGGUUUCUUAAGAAAAUGAUGGCCGAUAGCGUAGCCGCCCAUUAUAGUUUACAGGGUCACAAAAAAAAGAAAAUCUUCUCCUCCACAAAAAUGUUUGCAGUGAUAACAGGCGCAGUUCUAAAAUGCGACAAAAACGUACAAUUAAAAAACAUUGAAAUUAUUGUGAGCCAAUGGCUGGCCAAAGCGCCAGAAAGGCUUAAAAAGAUUGAAACACAAACUGACGAUCCAGACGAUUAG